UCAGUCGCUAUUGUGUUUCCGGUUGCUGUCAGUGUGGUGACUACCUCAGUGUGAAUGGGAUGAAAGAUGACAUAAAACCGAUGUAAAAGGUCACUGGACAUGGCUAAAAUACCACUUUCAAGCCGGAAUAAGGGUGUUACCCCCUAUCGCUUUCUGUUAGGACCCGAUUCAGACGAAGAUGAAGAAAAUGACCAUCUGAAUAGUGUCGCGAACAGGCAAUCGAGGAAAACCGAAACAGCAAGCAGGCGAAGAUCUGACAAUUUGGAUGGGAGAAUACAAACCGCGAAUAGAGAACACUUAUACAAACCAAGAGAAAGCAAAGAAGAUGUUAUCGACUACCUCCCUAACGACAAAAAACAACCCUUCAUCCUUUCACAUGAUUCUCGUGAUAUGGGCGUGGUUAGGGCGGGCGUCCCAGAGACACCCUCAAGUCUAACACCUCAACACUAUGAUCUUACAUUUCCGGUAAAACAAAAGAAAACUUGGCAUUAUGAGUUUGGCCUUUAUGAGUUAUUGAUCGGACUGGGGUCAAUCAUCUUAUAUUUUGUUGAUUUUGGAACUGACAUUUGGCUUGUUGUGAAAUAUUUCAUAAAAGGUGAACUAUUCUACGGCUUAGUGUCACUAGUGCUCACAGCAGGGCCAUCAGUUGUGACAUGUGGACUUGGAAUCACCUGGUAUGUUUUGGACUACAGAAAAGAAGAGGCAGCCUUGACUGAAGCCAGAAAGGACAAAGACCCAAGUAAACUUGAAAAAGUGAAUGAGAAGAUUACACCUGGCUACAAGUGGGCACUAAGGUUUGUCAUCACAGCUCUACAAUUUGGACCAGUGAUCAGGGUUUCAGAGUAUAUAUACAAUGGCUGGAUGUUCAUGAAAACAGAGGGCAAGUUAAAGAAGCACUACUAUUGGUUGAUGUUGUACGAAGAUGUGGAUGCUUGUCUUCUUCGACUCUUUGAGAGCUUCCUGGAAUCAGCACCACAGCUCACCUGGCAGCUGUAUGUGUGGAUCAUGCUGAAACCUGAAGAGGAUGUGGUGGGAUUGUCAAUCCGACUGGGCUCGCUGAUUUCUUCCUGGUUAUCACUGGCAGUGUCGCUCCUGUCGUAUCACCGCUCACUCCGCUUCUCCAGGGAGGAGAAGGAGGUCAUGAAAAUCAAGUCCAUCCCAUUCUACUUCAUAUGGCGAGCCAGCGAGGUCGGGACACGUGUUCUUUGUUUGUGCCUCUUCGCGUCUUCCUUCCAAGCGUUUGUGUUCAUUCCUGUGGGCAUCCACUGGUUUGUUAUAUCAGCUUGGCUCAUGUGCCAGAAAACAAGGUUUUACAAAGAUAAUGUCUGUUUUGAGAAGUUCUUUGACAUUGUAUGUGGUUAUGUUAUGAUAUUUUGUUUUUUGAACCUGAAGGAAGGUCAUUCAAGGUUUAGGUAUUUGUUAUUUUACGUGCUGUUUUAUUCUGAAAAUAUUGCAAUGUUGACAGUUUGGUUUUUAUAUUCCUCUCAUAUUGGAGAGUGGUUUCACGUGGGAGGAUUCAUCGCUAUCUUGACCAUGGCAGGUUUGCAUGUGGUUUUUCAGUUGCUGUAUUACAUGUGUUGUCAUCCAACUGAGAACAUCAAGUACUGCUUGCCCUGUGAACAAUACACAUGCUACGAGCUUGUUUGUCAUGACGCAGAAGAAACGCCUGUCACUGUGGAAAUGAUUGUGAGACCUCCCAGUCAGUCACAGCAUGAUAAAGAACACACAGAUAUAUGAACAAUGAUAUCGAGAACAUGUAUAAACAAUGAUAUCAAGAAUCUCCUCCAUUUGCCUGUCCUACCACCGUGUCAUUCAAAACAUAUUUCCACAUGUACAACCAGUAGUGUUCAUGUAUAAGAUUGCCAUUUUGGGUAUGUAUGUGAAUUUUACUUUUGGAACUGCAGAAGGUUUACCUUGUUAUUUUUCUGUUGAAAUACAGGACUCACAUCCUGUUGUGUUUGGUUCCUAGACACUGGCUUAUAGUUAUACCCACUGUAUAUGCUGCAGCAGUGCUUCAGCCAGGCAAGCGCCAUUGCGCCAUUCACACUAAAAAAUAUGCAAUGGCACUUUUUUCCAAUGCUAGAGCGCCCAUUGUCGCAACAUUUAAUAUAAUCCACAGGUCUUCUAUACCAUGGUUACCAUGAAUGGCAAAAGUCGCAACUGCACUGGCACACAUUUUAAUAGUUAAGGUGCCAAUUGGCAACACUCAAAAAUAUUCUGGCUGAAGCACAGCUGUAGUGUUGGUAAUUAAGAUUGGAAGGCAUCCGUGUCUCAUUCCUGAUGUUAAGUGAGUGAGUGAGUUGGGUUUUAGGCCGCUUUAAACAAUAUUCAAGCAAUAUCACGGUGGGGAACACCAGUAAAGGGCUUCACUGUGCCCAUGUGGGGAAUCGAACCUGGGCUGUCGGUGUGACGAGCGAAAGCUUUAACCACCCUCUGAUGUUAUGAAGCAACAGAAUGACAGCAACCACCAAGGAUCCAAUGAAGCCUGUUUGGCUGUUGGUAUAUUUGUCUGUGUUUUCGAUAUCCC